AUGAGUCCUAAGGCUCAUGAUACGAACUGCGGCAGGCAAAAUGCACACCGACAGCCGAAACUUUCGCCUAUUAUUUAUCAUUCCAGAAAAAAAACGAUAACGAAAAUCCGUUCUAAUAUAGUGAAACGACCGGCUGAAUCAAACAUAGACAAAUAUGCUGCGUUCACAAAUGAUGAUUAUGUAUUUACCUCAACGUUGGCUGAACAUUCACGUCUUCAAAGUCAAGUUAGAUCAAUGAAGAUACCAAAAUCAAACAGAUUUUCAUCGAUACCAUGGCAAAAAUCGUCAAUAUCUAGAACUCUUGGUCAACAACAACAAAAAGAGAAGUUACCGAGAAGAGUAUCAUCAAAAACAAGUGUCCGAGAACGAAGAAAAACGUCGCCUGAUACAAGUUAUCCUCGCUUACUUGAUGAUUGUCAAACAACACAACUAUAUAAUGACCCGUUUGAAGAAUUAUGUGGCUGGCUAUUUUGUUUAUUGGAAACAGGCACGUUAGUACCGAUGCACCAAGUAAAAAACACUUACAUUAACAUUCUUCACCGAUGGGAUCAUGAAGCAACAGAGGCAACAGUGCGACAGUCAAGAAUUCGUGCACGUUUGGAAAAGAUUUACAAUGAUCAGUUACUUUUUACAACAGUAAAUAAAUUAAGCGGUACUUUCAUCGCAUUGAAUGAUUUAUCGUUUUACACAUGUCGAGCAGUUUCAAUAUCAAUGAACAACAACGAUUCACAAAGAAUUUAUUCACAUGAAAAAGAUGAUCAUAGUGAACAACACAAGUGUGAAUCAUUAUUUUAUAUCAUAAAAUUAAUACGCCAGUCUAUCAACGAUAAUUAUCAUUAUUUCAAUAAAUUGAAAGAAAAUCCUGACAUAUUAACAGAUUUUAAUGCAAGUUUAUUUUGGCAAUGUGUACCUGUAUUAUUAAAAAAUUUAAUCUGGUCAAUUACAUUAAAUGAACGUCAAUUUGACGAAAUGAAACGUGAUUACAUGUAUUAUGAUCUAAUCAACAGGGACAUGUACAAAUCGUCCGACAAGUGGUUAAAGAUUUCAGCAAUUUCAUAUGACAUUAUUAAUUGUAAAAAUGAUUCUUAUUUAACACCUAAACAUUAUCUACUUGCGAACGAAUUAUUUCGCCACGACCGUUCAUCACAACUAUUAUCAAUAACAAAUCGACUGGGACAUUCAUGUGGAUACAAAACAAUUGUGCGUUUACAUCAUCAAGCGGCCGAAAGAGCAAAAAUUUCCGCAGCAACAAUGAAAUUGCCACAUUCGUUUGGUAUCAAAGUUGCAGAUAAUUUCGAUUUAAAUAAAGAAUCCUUACAUGGUGAACACAGCAUACAUAUUAUGAAUCAAAUCAUUGUACAAAAUCCAGUUAAUGACGAAAUGGUUACAAAUGUGAUCGAUUGUUUAUCGAAAUUAGUGGAUAAUGUUGUCUCACAGUUGGCAGAAUUGCACGGGAUAUCUAGUUAUCCUGGUGCGGUGAGUACAGCAUCUAUUGGCUCGACCACAGAAAUAAAAAAGACAACAAUACUUGAAUAUCAACCAUAUACUGAUACCUCGUUCAAUCAAAUAUUACUUGGUUAUAUUUUAUUGAAAUAUGCGUAUGACAACAACAAUAAUUUCAGCAAAAUAAUUUAUCAUAAAUUUCCUGUUCAUUUACCGUUACUCUCUGGAUUUUGUGCAACAUACCUACCUUCAGUAAAACAAGCGUUACACGCUGUCACAUUUCAAACACCGAUUAACGAUGAUCCUAGUGCAUUAUCGGCAGCUGAAACGUGUCUUCGAACAACCAAAUGUACAUUUAUCGAUUCAAAUUAUCAGAGAGAAGCAGUCGUGGUGGUUGACGAGAAAAUUUAUCGAAACUGUGUGAAGGCAAAACAAAACAACCCGGGCGAUUACGAAUUGAUAAUGAUUUAUCCUGGAGAUUUUCAUUUAAUGAAAAAUUUAAUGAUUGUGAUAUGGGACGUAUUGGAUGGUUCAGGCAUUGAAGAUGUGUUUGGUUUUCUUUAUAAAGGUGUAUCUCUUAGAUCAAUUCUCAAUGUUCACCAUUUUAACAAGUCUCUUAGAUGUAUCAAAUUGUUAUAUACAGCAUUAGAAUUAUUACUUUUCGAUUCGUUUAUUACAACAACAACACAAUUACAGACAUCAUCGACGUCUUCUUCCUUUGCAUCACCAACAACAUUAACAUCGCAUUCUACCAUCGAAAAACUGAAAACAAACUUAUUAGCCAUUCCAUCCGACUAUGCUCGUGAUACUAUAAAACAAGAAUGGUUUAAAAACUUAUUGGAUGAAUUGAAGGUGGUACAAUUGUCUGAUGCUUUCAACGCAUGGGAGGAGAAAUUUUCUCAACAAAGCGUUUCAUUUAAAUUUUGGCAAUUUGUUCUUCAACGUCUUUUACAUCCAUUUAUCACGUUGUAUAUGUCCAUUCGUACAUCAAACUUUAACGCAAGAAAUGCAUCAUUAUCUAACAUCGCACCUAUUUUUUUUGUCAACAACCAUCGAAAUUAUGCUCGGCUUUGUGCAAAUCAUUUAGUUGAUUUACGUUCAUCUAGUCCUUAUUUAUUUCAACGAUUAUCAAAUGGAUUUGCUGUAAACAGAACAGAUCGUCCAUUUUCACAUAUCGCACUUGAUCAAACUAUCGAAUGUAGCAUCAACAAAUUUGGUAAAGGGCAUGGUGGUAUCUCCGGGCGUUUCUCACACGAUCUUAUUGAUGAAUGGGCCAAUUCAUUUGCGUAUCGAGCAUUAUUAACAACAGCAACUCACGAACUUUGUCAGUUGGAAACAACAAACAACAGUAUCGAUUCACAUGUGGAAUGUUCACCGAAAAGGCAAGCCGUCGAUGAUGAUGAUUUAACAAUGAUAUUAUCAAAAUUAAAAGAUGAAAAGUUAUUCUCCGCUGAAAGUCAACAUUGUCGUAAAAUGUUAUCUGGAAAAAUUAUACACAAUGAUAUUUCUGAUAAUAUUUGCUCAUCGUUCGAACGUGGCCUUGAGGCAUUAAAAAUUUAUAUUGAACAACGUCUUUUACUCAGAAUUGUGGCAGUCGAUGAACCACUCAAAGCAGUGAUUCGACUGAAAAUUCGUGAUACUGAUAGCUAUGUUCCUGGUGAUCCCGCUUCUGCUCGUGGACGAAAAACAACAAACAAUAUCAGAAAUAUCAACAAAACGUUGAAGCAAGUCGACGAUUAUAUUGGUCGAAUAAUAAUACUAGCUGAAGAUCGUCAAUUAUCGUUAACGUCGUUAUUUGCACAUGAAUUUACUAAAGCACCAUUAUCAUUGUGCGACAAAGACAGCUUCGAUUUAUUGAAUCAACAAAAAAAAUCUUCUGCUAUCGAUUACCUAAAAGAACAAUUUCCAUCAUCAUUCUCUAUGACUUGCCCAAUAAAAACUGAUCGAUGUGCAUUGGUUAUUGAUGGUGGAAGUUUAUUGGAAAUAAAACCAACUGUUCCUUCGUCGACCGUUAGGGCUUAUGCAAUUCACUUAUUACAAACCACAAUUAAUCGUUUAUUUGAACAUUAUGAUCGAAUUGAUAUCGUGUUUGAUACAGCUGGAAGCAAGAAGGAAAAGGCAUUCAUCAAACGACAUGGCACUGGAAGUGAAAUCAAUAAUUAUGAUUUAAAAUCAGAUGACAUAUUAGAAACAAAAUACCAUCAUUUCUUGCACAAUAAUCGGGCAAUAUUAGCUGAACGUAUUCGUGAAAUAUGGUGUGAGCCUGCAGUGGUACAAUUGCUGCCAGAAGACAAAAUCCUGGUAGCGGCAGGACCAAGUGAGACAGCCAUCACAUUGAAGAAAAACUUGUCACCACAACUAGAUCAUAUGCUAUAUUCAAAUCACGUAGAAGCUGACACUCGAAUAAUGUUGCACGUUAACGUGUUGGCAAUUGAUGAAUUCAAACGUGUCAUUAUUCAAGCAAGUGAUACGGACGUGGUACUAUUAUCAAUUGGUCAUGGAAAGUCAACUGGAUUAGAAUCAUUAGUUGUUAAAUCAUUCAACACCAUGAAGAAAACGAACACGUAUAUUAAUUCAACUCAUAUUGCAGAUGAAAUAAGAAGAAAAUUCAAAAUUGAACCAUGUACGAUACAACGUUCCGAUUCCAUUAGCUCAAUUCAAGAACAAAGUGAAGAUGAUGAAUUCAAUAGUUCGCGUAAUGACGAUGAUUAUGUUUCAUCAACUCAAGCUGACGAUGAAGAAGAAGAUUUAAUAAACACUAUUCGAGACAUAGAGAACAAUGCGUCCGAUUUUGAAAACGAUGAUUAUUAUCAACCACAAUCACAACAACCUGAACCAGAUCGCAGACCAUCGCUUGAGCUUAUUGAAAGCGACUGGUAUCAGCAAAAUGUCAGCGUUAGUGAACAUUUGGAUCACAGUUAUUGCAAAAGUAACACAGAAGAAGAAGAAGAAGAAGACGAACAACAAUGUGAUUACGGUAAACGAUGCAAAUAUGACACACUAAACAUUAAAAAACAACAUAAAACACAACAGCAAUCAUUUA